UAUUGUGGGCUGUUCCUGGUCUUCAGUAGUCAGUAUCUAUCAAAAGUGCUCAAUGGAAGGAACAGUGGUGAACCUGUGACGAGAUCAUGGGCGGCCGAGGCUCAUUGAUACACGUGGGGAGUGAAGAUUGGUCUGUGUGAUUCGAUACAACGGACAAGAUUCUGUUGCUCAGAUUGCUGAAGAAAUUAAUGCUUAAUGGGUCACGACUGUUUUGGCACCAAAAAGUGGUCCAACACAAUAUUGGACAGGUGGUCAUAAUGUUAUGCCUGAUCGGUGUAUAUACUGUAUAGUUUAUACAGUACUGCAGGGUUAUUUGCAAUAUAUUAAAAUUUACGGGUCAUCCAAACGCAUUUCGUCAUAAGUCUGGGACUACUUGUAUUUGUGCUAUUAUUACUGUGUGACUCGAAUAACUUGAAUACAAGUUGCUUUGUACAUUUUUGGAAAGUUGUAUCAGCUCAUAACCACCUUCAUUGUCAGGAUCUCUUGUUUCUAUCUCAUCCCAGGACCUUGACAUUUAGACUGUUACUGAAUUUGGGUUCCAUGGUCACUUAUUUUAUGUUUUGAGUUCGACGACUGCCCUUAGACAUGUCAUUUUUCUCUUUCAAUACAGGGUUAAAAUUCCCUGCAGUAAUCGUGCGUAUAAACCACAUUUACCUACAGGUCUUUAAGUCUGAGAUUUUUCCAUGGCCUCGCUCGUAUCUCGGUGCGAAUUUCGCUUUUAACGGCAUGACUUUACACAUAUAGAAAAACUUCGCAUCGAGUCUUUCACGUAGGUGUAAAUUCAUCACAGAGGCCUCAUGGCUGCUGGACCAUGAGUGUCACAACUAGGAGAAAAAAAACAAAACAAUUGUGGAACUCCUUUUCCUCUGCACGAUUCCUGUCACAGUUGCAUGUUGUUCCUGGAAAAGGCGCUCGUGUCGUUUCCCCUCAUUAGCCGAGUCGCUGUCGUUAGUCUCGUGUGAGUUAGGGGAAAUGGGUUGGAAUGUGUGACCUAAAAAAUGUCCCCCUUGCCCCCUGUAAGAGCCCACCCAGGCAGGAAGAGGGUCAGAACCCUCUGUGUGUGUGCACGCACAGUGACAGCGAGGGAGUGCGAGUGUGAUUGUGUCGCCGCGAUUGUGAAACUCCAGGAUGGAGCGAGAAAGGCAGCAGGGCUCCACGAGGCCGCAGGAAGAGUGCAGAGAUAGUGACGGCUCAUCCAUCAGCAGCCUGAACGGGGGCUGUUUAUAAAUACCGAACCGCUGGGAAUGUUCUAAUGAGAGCCUCGAUUCAGGCGAACGAAGCCUUCGCUUUCACUCCUUUCAAGUCAUGUGCAUGUUGGUUUUCAUUGGUGCAACGUGUGCUAUUAGACGAUCUCAUGUUUGCCACGUGUCGACGUGAGGUGAAAUCGGUGCUAAAUAGAUAAUCCAAUAAAUCCCAUCGUAAAGUAAAUCAAAUGUAAUUAGUCUUAAAAAAAAAAAAAAAAAUUCCUACCAGAACACUAAUACACUGUUUGUAUCAAGUGUAUCAACAUCAUUCUUCUUUCUUCUAUUGUUAUACAGAUGGUGUUUAACAUCAAUUUAACAUCUUGUAAUAAAAAAUUGGUUGCUCAUCUUUAUUUAGUCGUGUGUGUGUGUGUGUGUGUGUUUGUGUACGUCUAGAGACGUUGUGUUGCGUGUAAUGGUAUGUGUUUGAGUGAACAGUUUGAAUUGGGGAGAAAGCACUGUUUGUUUAGUGUGUGUGUGCGUAUUUGGUAAGUGUUGGAUGUCAGAGGCUGGCCCUGUGUCAGCAUUACAAAUGUACGGGGAGUCAAAUCAAGAGAAUAUUGGAAGAGCCAACGCUGAGAACAUCAGAGCUGGUGAGUGCUCCCAAACCCUGCAGCGUUUUAGACACAUUUACGACGUGGACGUCUCUGGAAAGUGUGUGCUCGUGAAAUCAGUGGAGGAGAUGAGAGAGUGGAUGGAUCCUGAGAUGGGCAUGAUGACUGGAGGGUUUAUCUCUGGAGCAGAUGCUUACGGCAUUGCGGAACCGCAGUACUAUGAUGUGCUGGUGGAUCCGCUAGGAUAUUCAUACCAGGAUUUGGAUCUACAGGCUUUUCCCUACAACCAGCAACACUACAAUCCAGCAAACAUGCAGGUCUCUUUGUACGGACCACCCAACUCUCAACCAUGUAACCCAGCCUACCCGUACAGCCCGCAGUGUCCGGAGCCUCCAUGCCAAGUGGACCUAGAACUACACAGGCAGGCGAGAGGCACCAUAGGUACAACCCCUGGAAUGAAGCGACCCAGACUGGGGCCUGGAGCUCGGGUCAAGGGUCAGGAUGAACUGUGCGUGGUGUGUGGGGACAAAGCUUCAGGAUACCACUACAAUGCUCUGACCUGUGAAGGCUGCAAAGGUUUCUUUAGGCGCAGCGUCACCAAGAAGGCUGUGUAUCGUUGUAAGAGUGGCGGCAGCUGUGAGAUGGACAUGUACAUGCGUCGCAAGUGCCAAGACUGCCGACUGCGCAAGUGUCGAGCCGUCGGCAUGCUUGCCGAGUGUCUGCUGACUGAGGUGCAAUGCCAGUCAAAGAGGUUACGAAAGGGGGCCAAGCACAGAGGAGACUCACUUUCAAUGCUCGUUGCUGAGGACGAGGAAAGCAAUGAAAGCAAUGUGUCCUCUACCAGCAGACUACCUGCACCAGCACGGGUGCCAUCAGGAUUGUCCAGAGAGCAGAAAUGUGUCCUGAACAGAAUUGUGGAAGCUUAUCGUCGGUGCAGAGCUCAAGAUGGCACUCGCUUCCGGGUGUCCCAGUGGUCCAGUUUACUAGAUGGUACUGAUGGUUUGACUGACUUAACCUCUCUCGAAAUAGAAAGACUCCUGCAGUUCUCGAAGAGCAUACCUGGUUUUGAGCUCUUGGACAGUGCUGAUCAGAGCAUUCUUCUCUCCGGCUCGUCUGUGGAGGUCAUGUUCCUGCUCUUGGCUCAACAGUUUACUGAGAAUCCACCCCUGCACAGCUCAUCUCUGUAUCCUGGAGGUCCAAGUGGUUACAGCCACAGCUGGGUGAAAACCUCAGAGUCUAAGGCCAGCAGUCAGGAGAUGAUAUUAAAUUCAGGGAUGAGUGAGGAACUCGUGGGUCCUGUACUGAAUUUCUUCCACAGUAUGGCAGCCAUCUCAGUGACGGAUGCUGAAUACGCUCUUCUCGUUGCUACUUCAGUGCUGUGUUCAGACAGACCAUAUCUGCGUGCCAUGAGCUGUGUAGAGAACCUGCAGGAAUUUGUUCUGGAGCUGCUCUCGAAGGUGUGCAGGAACGGGCAGGGUACGACUCACGGGCCGUGCCGCUUCGCCAGGCUGCUCGGUCGCCUCACGGAGGUGAGGACGCUGCACCACAACCACCUCACACUCCGACCCCAGCAGAUGUGGGACAUGCAGCAUUGAGACUUACUACUCAGAAAGACUACGUGGUCAGUUGCCGGGUUUAUAAACAUUCAGAUCGUGCACAGAAAACGUGCUGUUCUUCAGGAUGCGGCACAAACCAGAAGCUCUGCGUUCUUCCUCGGCUGUGAUUUAUGGAAAUGGACUUCAAAGACACUGCAGUUUUUAAUAGUAGACAAAUUCAUUGUGAUAUAUUCCUGUACAAACUUAUUUUGAUUUGGAGUUGCAUUUAUUUUUUUUCAUACAUUUCAGGCCUGAAAUACACAAAGCUUUCUAAAGCCGUCGUCUGUUAUAUUCGAAACGAAUUUCAGUUUUCUUAAUGCAAGUCUGUACCAAAAGUGUAUCUCAAACUUCUUGUUGUAGUACAUGUUCUUGAGGUAUUCACGAAGGGUGUUCAAGUCAAACCGGGACUUUUGAGUUUAUAAAAUAAAGGAACAAAUUUCUUUUGUAAAACAAGGAGUGGAAACUGCAUUUAUUUUUUGACACAAUCCCUUAUACCAUCCUAGGACAGCCUGCUUCACUUUGUCAGGGAACCACCAGGACGUCAUUGACGGUCAUCUUUGAAACGUUUUCUCCAUUCAAAUACUGUAGA